GGUGAUUGUCGGUGGUUCAACAGCAGCAUUAGGAGCUGCCAUAUCGGCGUCAACAAAACUUGAUCAACGUGUCUGUUUAUUAGAACCAACAGAUUGGGCUGGUGGUCAAUUAACGAGUGAAUUACUUAGUGCACCAGAUUUUGCUUAUCAUAAAAUCACCGAUAAAGAUACAAAUUUUACCCUUGAUGUUGGCACUAUCAAUCGACAAGCAAACAAUCAAAACCUAUUAUUUCGACAAAUGAUUACCACUCUUGGUAAUACCGGUCGUUGUUGGGUCUCGCUUUACUGUUCAAUUCCAGAUCAAUUUCUUUCUCGUGUAAUCCAACCAUUGAUUGGUAAUAUUCGUAUUUACUAUAAUACAGUCAUCAAACAAAUAAUAAAAGAUGAAAGUGGACGUCGAAUCAUUCAAAUCGAUGCUAUUCAACGUACUCCACGUGCUUCAUCUGACGAAUAUUGUCGCUUUUUGUCCGAAGAACUUCCUGAUUGGUAUUCACCCGAUGAGAGUCCAUGGUUUAGUAAAACUUCGUUAUCAUUUCGAAAUAUUUCUUUUGUUGUCGAAGGUACAUCAUGGGGUGAAGUAUUAGUCUUAGCCAAUGCAAGCUAUCUACAAGGACUAAUGGAACAAUUCGAUGGUGAUAUAUCGGGUGUAGGUAAUGCGACCUGUGGUCAAUCAUUCACAUUUGAUUUUCUUGAACAACUACAUGAAACAUCUGUUGAUGAACCAUCUAAUCCCUUACCUGAACCGACUGGUGGAGGAAAUUAUUCGUUGCUAGGUUAUGAAUGGGAACGUAUCUGGACUUAUCGACGUGUGAAUACAUCGACAACUAGUGCGUUCGUGGCUGUGAAUGAUUUAACAAUACAGAAUUGGGAUCGAGGCAAUGAUUAUGGUCGGGACUAUUUUUACCUACCAGUAGCUGAUGCUCAUCAACAACGUGAUACAAAUCAAUGGCAAGGUGGAGUGAAUAUAAACGCUAUUCGUGAAGCAGAACGACAAGCGUACGGUUAUCAUUAUUGGUAUCGAGCUAAAGCGCCAACAAACUGGGCUAAUCGAACGGUUCUUGUUCGUUCCGUAUCAACAGCAGGCACUUGUCAUGGUUUAGCUAAAAUGCCUUAUCUACGUGAAUCUCGUCGAUCAAUUGGUAUCAACAAUUUUCUUCUCAAUAUUUCAAUGAUUAGUGGUAAUGCUCGAGAUAUACAUGGAUAUAUUCCUCAUGAUCGUUUAUGUCUUGGCGCAUACAAUGUUGAUAUUCAUUCGAUGUCACAAUGCAAAUAUCCAGCGUAUAUAUAUCAAUAUUAUCCUGUUCUACCAUAUUAUGUUCCUUUACGUGCAAUGACCAAUCGAGAUAUUGAUAAUUUAUUUGUCAUUGGUAAAACAAUGGCACAAACUUUUCUCGUUAAUUCAGCAACACGUUUACAUCCGGUGGAAUUCUCCAGCGGACAAGCAGCUGGUAUCGCAAGCGCCUAUGCUAUACAAUCGAAUAUAGAAAAUGUCGGUGAUUUAAUGCAAGACGAACAUUUGAGACAGAUACAAGCCUUGGUGAAAUCGAUUACACCCAUAUCGUGGACAAUCAAUGGGACACAAUAUCCAGAUGAUUCGGCAUCCUCACCAUCGUUCUCUACAUCAACCACACCCUCAACCACAACAACAUCUCACUCUUCUUCGCCAAUCUUUUCCUUAUCUCUUCCUAUUUUCUUUUUGGCUAUGUUUUUCAGUAUUUUUUAA